AUGGAUAAGCAAUACAGUAAAAAUACAGGGAUAAUUCCCCUCUUCGGUGUCACAGACUACGUUAUGUUCGUCCUGACCCUGUUGAUUUCCUGUAGCAUUGGCAUUUUCUACGCGUUCGUAGAUCGACACAAAAAUACAACCAAAGAAUUUCUGCUGGGAGGACAAUCUAUGAACCCCAUUCCCGUGGCCUUCUCCCUGAUGGUCACAUUUAUGUCAGCCAUGACGCUUCUGGGAAAUCCCGCAGAAGUGUACAACUUUGAUACGAUGUGGUGGUGGAUCAUUGUUGGCAUGGUCCUGGCUAUGUGGUCCACAACGCGCAUUUUCAUCCCUUUCUUCUACAAUCUAAAAGUGGAGAGCGUUUUUGAGUACCUUCACAUGAGAUUCAACAAAGAGAUUAGAGUCAUUGGCUCAGUGAUUUUGAUUGUUCAAACACUAAUCUACAUGGCCUUUUUGCUGUAUGCUCCUUCCUUGGCACUGAACGCAGUGACUGGUGUACACUUGUGGGGGUCAGUAGUCGGAAUGGGAUGCGUGGUGACAUUUUACACCACAGUGGGUGGUAUGAAGGCAGUGGUGUGGACGGACACAUUUCAAGCUGGUGUAAUCGUUGCUGGUCUCCUGGCUGUACUAAUUCAGGGAUCGAUCGUGCAGGGAGGCUUCGUCAAAGCUUGGGAAACAGCAUAUUCGAAUGACAGGAUUAGAUUUGAUAAUUUCAGUUUGGAUCCAAAAACUCGCCAUUCUGUGUGGUCUAUGGUGUUUGGUGGAUGGGCAUUCUGGAUGCACUUAUACGGAGUCAACCAAGCUCAAGUUCAACGUUGUCUGUCAUGUUCAACAGUCCGUAAAGCUCAGAUAGCCAUGUGGAUCAACAUGCCGGGUCUGGCGUUCAUCGUUAGUGCCUGCUGCAUGAUUGGUGUUGUCAUGUAUGCAUUUUAUGCGGACUGUCAUCCAAUCACAUACGGUCUAGUAGCCAAAACCGAUCAGCUGGUUCCUCUGUAUGUAAUGGAUGUUCUCGGCAAUUACCCGGGUCUUCCUGGAAUCUUUGUUUCUUGUGUAAUUAGUGGAAGCUUGAGUUCCUUGUCUUCAGGAUUGAAUGCUCUAGCGGCAGUCACAUUACGAGACCUUUUACAGCAAUCAUGUGUACGUAGUGUUGGUGAAUUCAGGUCUACAAUCACGUCAAAAUGCAUAGUUGUUUUCUAUGGCUUGCUCUCCAUUGGACUGGCCUACGUUGCAUCUCACCUUGGAUCCGUGUUAGAGGCUGUCUAUACAGUUUUUGGUAUACUCAACGGUCCAGUUCUUGGGGUGUUUACUUUAGGAAUGUUCUUCCCGUGGGCAAACAAACACGCAAGUUUUGGUGCCAUGUGUGGACUGUUGGCGUCACUUGCUUUUUUAUUCUGGAUAGGGAUAGGGGCUUUCGUUAGUGGUGAAAGAGCGCUCCUUUCCCCAACCUAUGUCACAGGCUGCAAUUUUACAGCCAAGCCGUUACCAGCAUCUGCUGCAAACUUGACAGCGGUUGUCAAUGGGACUGCUAACCACAGGUAUGUCAUAGUCGCCAGAACUUAG